CCCUCCCCGUCCCCAUCCCCGUCCCGUCCCCGUCGCUGUGGCCAUCGCGCGGGUCUUGGAUGUGGCCGGCUCCCCCGUGCUGCGAUGCCCGGAGAAUGUGUGUGUGCCCCGGGCCCCGGCGAAGCGGAAUUCCAGUCAGAAGUUCCAGCCUGCCACCAUUCACUGAUGCCAUGCCAGCACCAACUCAACUGUUUUUCCCUCUGAUCCGAAACUGCGAACUAAGCAGACUCUAUGGCACUGCAUGCUAUUGCCACCACAAACAUCUCUGCUGCUCAUCCCUUUAUGUUUCCCAGAGUCGCCUGAGAUACACACCUCAUCCAGCAUAUGCUACUUUCUGCAGGCCGAAGGAGAAUUGGUGGCAGUACACUCAAGGAAGGCGUUAUGCUUCAACUCCCCAGAAAUUUUACCUCACACCUCCACAAGUCAACAGCAUUCUGAAAGCUAAUGAGUACAGCUUCAAAGUGCCAGAAUUUGAUGGCAAAAACGUCAGUUCUGUCCUUGGAUUUGACAGCAAUCAGCUACCUGCAAAUGCCCCCAUCGAGGAUCGGAGAAGUGCCGCCACCUGCUUGCAGACCAGAGGGAUGCUUUUGGGCGUUUUUGAUGGCCAUGCAGGCUGUGCUUGUUCCCAGGCUGUCAGUGAAAGACUUUUUUAUUAUAUCGCUGUCUCUUUGUUACCCCACGAGACGUUGCUCGAGAUUGAAAAUGCAGUGGAGAGUGGCCGGGCACUGCUGCCGAUUCUCCAGUGGCAUAAGCACCCCAACGAUUACUUCAGUAAGGAGGCAUCCAAAUUAUACUUUAACAGCUUGCGGACUUACUGGCAAGAACUGAUAGAUCUCAACACCGGAGAGUCGUCUGACGUUGAUGUGAAAGAGGCUCUGAUUAAUGCCUUCAAGAGGCUUGAUAAUGACAUCUCCUUGGAGGCUCAAGUCGGUGAUCCCAAUUCUUUCCUCAACUACUUGGUGCUUCGAGUGGCCUUUUCUGGAGCUACCGCUUGUGUGGCCCACGUGGAUGGCGUGGAUCUUCAUGUAGCCAACACAGGGGAUAGCAGAGCCAUGCUGGGUGUGCAGGAGGAAGAUGGUUCUUGGUCAGCAGUCACGCUCUCUAAUGACCACAAUGCUCAGAAUGAAAGAGAAAUUGAGCGGCUGAAAUUGGAACACCCAAAGAAUGAAGCCAAGAGUGUGGUAAAACAGGACCGGCUUCUUGGUUUGCUGAUGCCUUUUAGGGCUUUUGGAGAUGUUAAGUUCAAGUGGAGCAUCGACCUUCAAAAAAGAGUCAUCGAAUCCGGCCCAGACCAGUUGAAUGACAACGAAUAUACCAAGUUUAUCCCUCCUAAUUACUACACACCUCCUUAUCUCACUGCUGAGCCAGAGGUGACGUACCACCGAUUAAGGCCGCAGGACAAAUUUCUGGUGUUGGCUACUGACGGGUUAUGGGAGACCAUGCAUAGGCAGGAUGUGGUUAGGAUUGUGGGUGAAUACCUUACAGGCAUGCAUCAUCAACAGCCAAUAGCUGUUGGUGGCUACAAAGUGACUUUGGGACAGAUGCAUGGCCUUUUAACAGAAAGGAGAGCCAAGAUGUCCUCAGUAUUCGAGGAUCAGAAUGCAGCAACCCACCUGAUUCGCCAUGCUGUGGGCAACAAUGAGUUUGGAACAGUCGAUCAUGAGCGCCUCUCCAAGAUGCUUAGUCUUCCUGAAGAGCUUGCUCGAAUGUACAGAGAUGAUAUUACAAUCAUCGUAGUCCAGUUCAAUUCUCAUGUUGUAGGAGCAUGCCAGAACCAGGAGUAGCGUUCUGGUCUUACCCUGGCAGGUCUCAAAGAUUUAAAGGGUGCGUAGAUUUUGGAAAGAUUAACCAUUUCAGUAGUUGUUUUAAGCAUUUACCCGUCUGAUACUCCACCUGGUCAAGUACUUCAAGUUGACUUUUGCAGGAGUGGCCGAGUAACAAAAUCCUGAGAGUGUCAUUCUGCCUAGGUUGUAUGUAUCUGCCAGCCUGUUCUUGACACAAAUUAGUUCCUUCAUUUAUAUUCUAGUGGUCUUGGGACAUUGACUUCUUUUUAUCAAUCUGAGCAAAUCAGAAUGAUCUGGCAGAUACAAUCUGAUAUAAUUCAAAAGCAAGAUUAUUCAGGGCAUGAUCUCUUGGUAAAAGAGGAAACAUUGUUCAUACCUACAGACCCUAUUUUGUCAUUAAGAUUCCGGUUUUCAUGAGAACUUUAUUGCAUGAUUUCCUAGGUAUGUAAUGUAUUUUUAUUCAUAAAACUUUUUUGUCCUGAAGUGGUUUUCAAGUCCAGUUCUUUAAGCCAUAGAUGACCAAGAACCAGUCUGUAUUGAUAUUUGUCUUUAUUUGUCUGGGAUUGCUACUUAAGUAGAAGGACAAAUUACUUCCUUCCCUGUCCCUCGUCACCUAAUAUAAUUGAAACAUAUUCUAUUAUGCCACAGUAAAGGAUUUAAGUUUUACUUACUUUUAUAUUGAUAGUAAAUAAGAAAAAAUAUUAAUAUGUGCUACUGAAUAGCUUUAUUUGAGACAAAAAGAACCGGAAUCAAAAGACAAGGCUGAUAAUUUGAGUCAUUGUCAUCUAUAGCCACCGUUACGUCAUUCUUAUGUAACCUACAAAGGUUUGGCAUGCCGUGUGGUGACCAAACUGCAGCCAGGAUAUAUUUCUAAUUUAGUAUUGAUAAGAAUUUUUAUUGCUUUUGCAAUUUUAAGGAUGACAUGCAAAAUAAAUACCAAAUUGGGGAAUAAGACUUAAUAUUACCAUUGUCUGUUGAGACAGGGAAGGAAGUUUAUGCUUUUCCCUAUGUAACCAUAGGCCAGUUAAAAUACUUGAUUUAAAAAGUGUUCGAUGCUUUAAACAUACUGUAGCUAUAAGUAAAAAGUUAAGGUAUAUACAUGAUAACUAUUGUGCAUGCCUGAUGCUUACUUGAAUACUUAGUGCCAUCAAAUGUUCAUAGCAGUCUUCUUUACAUGUAUUUUUCUCUAAUGCUGUACGAAGUAAAUGAAAAUAAAUAUAUUCAAAUUGGCUUUAUGGGAACGUAUUUGAUAUGCAUCAAAUGGCAUUUUGUUUCUGUAUUUAAUGGUGAUCUGUGCGCAGCUGUGCAUAUAUUUUCAUCACUUAAUUCUAGCAUCACUAUUAAAGGAGGGGCUAUGAUUUUAUUGGGUAUUCAUGUAGAAUUUAAUACAAAAGGGGAUCAGCUUUCCCUUAUGUAAAUUAGUUGUGCUUAGAAAUCCUUUCAGAUUUCUGUAGAAUAUGUCCUAGAUUUACUCCUGACUGUGGACACUGAAGCAUUGGAGAACUGACUGCAAAAUUUGUCCCAGUUGAAAAUAGACUCAGGAAGAUUGCAAACAUCAUAUGUUUGUUUUCUGAAGUCUUGUUCCCUAUUCACUCCCUAAUUUUUUCUUGAGUCAGCUUGGAACACUUCCAGGCAGUAUUUUCUAGAGGAAAAAUCUGUACUUUAUAUUUAUUUAUAAACAAGGGACUUCAUCUUUUCAUAAAAUAUAUGUAGACUUUAGUAGAACUUUAAAUCUGUUUUUUGACUAUUUCUCUUGAACACCACCUUUGAAGAGUUGCAUAUUGUUACAAAUGUAAUGAAGCCCCAUAUCUCUAGAGUAUAAUAUAUGUACAUUUAAUUUUCUAUUAUACCAAAUUUUGGUUUAUGGUUUGAAAGCUGGUCUGUUCUCUAGAAAUGAAAAUGUAAUCUGGAGUUUGUAGACAUGAAAAAAAUAACUGGAUGUUCUAAAUCUGAAUGUGCUACCAUUUAAAAGCUGUUGUGAUUAUAAUUAGUUGUCACUGUAUCUAGAAUUAAAGAAUAUAUGUAAACUUUUAUAGUAUAUAGUCUUUCUUAAACUUUAAAAGAAGUAAACUUUCUUAUGCAUAAUUUCUGUAUAUUUAACCCCCAUGGCUUCUUAUAGAUCCAUAAACAGUGGUGACAUAGCACACAGUACUCACUUGGACAAUAGUGUAUUGUAAAAGAUGUAUCUCUAUUUAGACAUGUGAAAAGUUUAUGUAUAAUAUAAAGAUUGAUCAGAUAAAUGUUAACAGUGAAUUAAAGCUUCACAUCUUUCUGAA